AUGGCUAGUGAAACCCCAAGACUUGAUCCAAGAGAAAUUACAGCAAGUGAAGUACCCGUCUUUCGACUCAUCGCACAGGUGAAAUCGCAACCCAGUGAGAACAAACUUGUGUUGGCAUCUCCCACAGAAGGCGGUGAAAUGGUUACAUUGACUGACGUACGUGUUUCUAUGUCAAAGAAUUUUGAAGUAGGUUCAUGGCAAGAGUUGGUUUGCAGGUCUAGCGACAACGGUGAUGUUGGCUUCCUUGUGCUAGACGCUGUGGCAUGUCCGUUUAAAAAUGGUGAAGAUAUCAGUAUUGAAGGUGUUGUAGCACUUCAAAGGUUAUGUAAAAGGUUUCCGGAGAUAUAUUAA